CCUGCACCCCGGCGCGCCCGGUCCCGCUCUGGGGGGGUUGGUGGCUUCGCUUUGCCAUGAGUUUACCGCAGAAACCGGCUCUGAAAUCAGGCUCAGCGGCUGCAGCAGGAACCGGACCCGGCACCGGAGCGGCGGCGGCGGCGGUACCGCCUCCUCACCCGGCGGCGGCGGCGGCAGCAGCGGCGGCGGCAGCGGCGGCAGCGGCAGCGGCGGCCCCUCCUCACCCGAACAUCAGGGCCCUCCAGACCCCGGCGCCCCAACAAAUUCCUCGAGGACCGGUGCAACAGCCUCUGGAGGAUCGGAUCUUCCCUCCCACUGUCUCUGCAGUCUAUAGCACGGUAACACAAGUAGCAAGACAGCCAGGACCCCCGGCCCCUUCCCCUUACUCAGCACAUGAAAUAAACAAGGGGCACCCCAAUCUUGCGGCCACGCCCCCGGGACAUGCAUCGUCCCCUGGACUCUCUCAAACCCCUUAUCCCUCUGGACAGAAUGCAGGUCCAGCCACAUUGGUCUACCCUCAAGGCCCUCAGACAAUGAAUUCACAACCUCAGGCCCGGUCUCCGCCCAGCAGAACAGUGCCAAUACAUUGCACAGACAACUGGAAGAGGAGGAAAGUUUUGGAACAGACUCCCGUUUACAGGUCCUUGGCUGGAAGAGGCUGGAUAAAAUACUGCAUUGGAGGAUUCAGACCCAUCCAGUUUUUCCAGAGGCCUCAAAUCCAGCCUCCUCGAGCUGCCAUCCCAAACAGCAGUCCUUCCAUUCGUCCUGGUGCACAGACCCCCACCGCCGUGUAUCAGGCCAAUCAACACAUCAUGAUGGUUAACCAUCUGCCUAUGCCAUACCCAGUACCCCAGGGGCCUCAGUACUGUAUACCACAGUACCGUCACAGCGGCCCUCCAUAUGUGGGGCCCCCACAGCAGUAUCCAGUUCAGCCGCCCGGGCCGGGGCCUUUUUAUCCUGGACCAGGACCUGGGGACUUCGCUAAUGCUUAUGGCACGCCUUUUUACCCCAGUCAGCCAGUGUAUCAGUCAGCACCCAUCAUAGUGCCGACGCAGCAACAGCCCCCUCCAGCCAAGAGGGAGAAAAAAACUAUAAGAAUUCGAGAUCCAAAUCAGGGAGGUAAAGACAUAACAGAGGAGAUUAUGUCUGGAGGUGGCAGCAGAAAUCCCACUCCACCCAUAGGAAGACCCGCAUCCACACCCACUCCUCCUCAGCAGCUGCCCAGCCAGGUCCCUGAGCACAGCCCUGUGGUAUAUGGGACUGUGGAGAGCGCUCAUCUUGCUGCCAGCACCCCUGUCACUGCAGCUAGCGACCAGAAGCAAGAAGAAAAGCCAAAACCAGAUCCAGUGUUCCAGUCUCCUUCAGCAGUCCUUAGGCUUGUGCUUAGUGGGGAGAAGAAAGAACAAGCAGGCCAGAUGCCCGACACUGCUGCAGGAGACCCCACCCCAGAGCCUCCUCGGACUUCAUCACCCACAACCCUUCCUCCACUUGCCCGGAGUUCAGUUCCUUCCCCCAUGUCCGCUGCCCUUAGCAGCCAGCCACUGUUCACUGCUGAGGACAAGUGUGAACUUUCCUCCUCAAGAGAAGAUGCACCUGCUCUGCCCAGCCCUACCGCUUGCCCAGCAGCAUCCGGCCCUUCGCUAACAGAUGACAGUGACAUAUGCAAGAAACCCUGUAGUGUAGCACCUCACGAUAGUCAGCUAGUCUCUAGUACUAUCCUAAUUAAUGAAAUGAAUGGAGUUGGUGAAAAAUUACCAGCCAAGGAGAACACUGUGGACAUGUUGAGACAGGAAGUGCUGCCACUGACUCUCGAAUUGGAGAUUCUGGAACAUCCCCAGGAAGAAAUGAAAGUGGAGUGUACCCCGACUCCCAUUGCCCCCUCCACGCUGCCCUCCUUCUCCCCAGCUCCUCCGACUCCCCCAGCUUCUCCUCCUUGUCCUCCUGUUGUCCUGUCUGCCACCAUUGCCUGUUCUGCUGUUGCCAGUGCGGUCCAGAGAGUCGGCGAAGAGGGAGACAGCCUGAAAACUUGCCUUAGCAAGGAUGCAAAGGAGAUGCAGGACAAAGCAGAGGCAGAAUCAGAUAGGCAAACAGAGGAGACUGCGGAUCCCCAGAACUUACACUCAGGAAGGAGCUCUGCCCCAGUGCAAACAGCUACCACUGCGCCAAAGACGUGGAAGAAAACAAAGGAGCGGACCCGAACCCCAGAUGAAGUGUUAGAAGCAGAGAUGGAGCCUAAGGCUGAAGAAGAGCUUUCAGUUGACAGUGUCCUUGAUCCUGAGCAAGAGAAGAUGAGCCAAGGGUUUCCGUUUGAGAGAGACCCCUCUGCCCUGCAGAGAGUGCAAGCUGAGGAAGAAAAUGGAGAAGCAGCUGAGCCUAUACGCAAUGGUGCUGAGAGCACUUCUGAGGGGGAAGGAGGAGAUGCUAAUUCAGGCUCUACGGACAGCUCUGGUGAUGGGGUCACAUUCCCAUUUAAAGCAGAGUCCUGGAAGCCUGCAGAUACAGAAGGCAAGAAGCAAUAUGACCGGGAGUUCCUGUUGGACUUUCAGUUUAUGCCUGCCUGUAUCCAAAAACCAGAAGGCCUGCCUCCUAUCAGCGAUGUGGUUCUUGACAAGAUCAACCAGCCCAGAUUAACAAUGCGGACCCUGGAUCCUCGAAUUUUGCCUCGAGGACCUGACUUUACCCCAGCCUUUGCAGAUAUUGGAGGAAGGCAGACGCCUGGUGGAAGAGGCGUGCCUUUGUUGAAUGUUGGACCUCGGAGGUCUCAACCUGGCCAGAGAAGGGAGCCCAGAAAGAUAAUCACUGUCUCCGUAAAAGAAGAUGUACACUUGAGGAAGGCAGAGAAUGCCUGGAAGCCCAGCCAGAAGCGUGACAGCCACGCCGAUGACCCCGAGAGCAUUAAAACCCAGGAACUUUUCAGAAAAGUUCGAAGUAUUUUAAAUAAACUGACACCACAGAUGUUCAACCAGCUGAUGAAGCAAGUGUCGGCACUUACCGUGGACACGGAGGAGCGGCUCAAGGGGGUCAUUGACCUGGUCUUUGAGAAGGCUAUCGAUGAGCCCAGCUUCUCUGUGGCGUACGCAAACAUGUGUCGGUGCCUAGUAACGCUAAAGGUACCCAUGGCUGACAAGCCUGGUAACACAGUGAAUUUCCGGAAGCUGCUACUUAACCGAUGCCAGAAGGAGUUUGAAAAAGAUAAAGCAGAUGAUGACGUCUUUGAGAAGAAGCAGAAAGAACUAGAAGCUGCCAGUGCUCCAGAGGAGAGGACAAGGCUUCACGAUGAACUGGAAGAAGCUAAGGAUAAAGCCCGGCGGAGAUCCAUCGGCAACAUCAAGUUCAUUGGAGAACUCUUUAAACUCAAAAUGCUGACAGAGGCCAUCAUGCAUGACUGUGUGGUGAAGCUGCUGAAGAACCAUGAUGAAGAAUCCCUGGAGUGCCUGUGUCGCCUGCUCACCACCAUUGGCAAAGACCUGGACUUUGAGAAAGCAAAGCCACGCAUGGACCAGUACUUUAACCAGAUGGAGAAAAUAGUCAAAGAAAGAAAAACUUCCUCCAGGAUUCGGUUCAUGCUUCAGGAUGUAAUCGACCUCAGGCUGUGUAAUUGGGUGUCCCGAAGAGCAGAUCAGGGGCCAAAAACUAUCGAGCAGAUUCACAAAGAGGCCAAAAUAGAAGAACAAGAGGAGCAAAGGAAAGUCCAGCAGCUGAUGACCAAGGAGAAGAGAAGACCAGGCGUCCAAAGAGUGGAUGAAGGUGGAUGGAAUACUGUACAAGGGGCCAAGAACAGUCGUGUACUGGACCCCUCCAAAUUUUUGAAAAUCACUAAGCCCACCAUUGAUGAGAAAAUUCAGCUGGUUCCUAAGGCACAGCUGGGCAGCUGGGGCAAAGGCAGCAGCGGUGGAGCAAAGGCAAGCGAGACCGAUGCCUUACGGUCAAGUGCUUCCAGUUUAAAUAGAUUCUCUCCUCUGCAACCUCCAGCACCUUCAGGGUCCCCGUCAGCCACACCUUUAGAGUUCGAUUCCCGAAGAGCAUUAACCAGUCGAGGGAGCAUGGGCAGGGAGAAGAGUGACAAGCCGCUUCCAGCUGGAACAGCCCGUCCCAACACGUUCCUGAGGGGCAGCAGCAAAGACCUUCUGGACAACCAGUCUCAGGAAGAGCAGCGCAGAGAGAUGCUGCAAACCGUGAAACAGCUGACAGGAGGUGUGGAUGCCGAGCGGGCCAGCGCUGAGGCUGACCGAAGCAAAACGAGGGAGCCAGUGAAGUCAGAAAUGUGCACAGUGCCAGUCCCUGACAAGCCUGCACUGUCAGAAGAGGAAGUGGAGAGGAAGUCCAAGUCGAUCAUUGACGAGUUCCUGCACAUCAAUGACUUUAAGGAGGCCACGCAGUGCAUAGAAGAGCUGAGUGCCCAGGGCCCACUGCAUGUGUUCGUAAAGGUGGGUGUGGAGUUCACCCUGGAACGGAGCCAGAUCACCAGGGAUCACAUGGGCCACUUACUGUAUCAGCUGGUGCAGUCAGAAAAACUCAGCAAACAGGACUUUUUCAAAGGUUUUUCCGAAACCUUGGAGUUGGCAGAUGACAUGGCCAUUGAUAUCCCCCAUAUUUGGUUGUAUCUGGCUGAACUAGUCACCCCCAUGUUAAAAGAAGGGGGAAUCUCCAUGAGAGAACUUAUUGUGGAAUUCAGCAAGCCAUUACUUCCUGUUGGCAGAGCUGGGAUCCUGCUUUCUGAAAUCCUGCACCUUCUAUGCAGACAAAUGAGCCAUAAGAAAGUAGGCGCCCUAUGGAGGGAGGCUGACCUCAGCUGGAAGGACUUUUUACCAGAAGGGGAAGAUGUACAUAAUUUUCUCUUGGAGCAGAAGUUGGACUUCACGGAGUCAGAAGGGCCCUGCUCCUCUGAAGCACUUACGAAGAAAGCACUGUCUGCUGAGGAGUUGUCGCAGCGCCUGGAGAAACUCAUCAUGGAGGACAAAGCGGAGGACGAGCGGAUCUUUGACUGGGUGGAGGCUAACCUAGAUGAAAGCCAGAUGAGUUCGCCUACAUUCCUUAGAGCUUUAAUGACGGCCGUUUGCAAAGCAGCAAUUAUAGCUGACUGCUCUACCUUCAGAGUGGACACUGCUGUGAUCAAGCAGAGAGUGCCGAUCUUACUCAAGUACCUGGACUCGGACACAGAGAAGGAACUGCAAGCACUUUAUGCGCUACAAGCGUCGGUAGUAAAACUUGACCAACCUGCCAAUUUGCUGCGGAUGUUUUUUGAUUGCCUGUAUGAUGAGGAAGUGAUAUCAGAGGAUGCCUUCUACAAAUGGGAGAGCAGCAAGGACCCUGCUGAACAAAACGGGAAGGGCGUGGCCCUCAAGUCUGUCACAGCGUUUUUCACGUGGCUGCGGGAAGCAGAAGAAGAGUCUGAGGAUAACUAAUACUUCAAAUACACAAACGAAACAAAAGAAACAAUUUAAGUAUUUUUUUAAAAAGUUUCACGUCUUCGCCAAUCACAGUGCAGCAAGGCCAACUCUCGCAGAAACCCCACGUGUGCGCGAGUGGGAGAGGGGACAGGAAUCAGGUGAUCAUGGAGGAUAAAGGUCCUGGAACAAGGAAACAGCAAACCUGAGGGCGGGAGCUCCAAAACCAAAAUACAUGUACUAUUUAUAGAAAAUAUUUUCUGUUUUAAUCUUUUCUUUUUAAACGAGGACUCAUACUUUAAAAAAAAGUAAAAAAAAAAACAUUUUGCAAAAAAAAAAAAAAAAAAGAAAAAGAAAAAAAACAGUUGAACUUUAAUUUAUUUUAAGGACUGCAAAUGCCAGUGUAAUUUUUUUAAUUUGCAGUUUCUGUAAACAACGUGUAUAAUAGAAAAGCAAAGAAAUAAAUUUCCCUUCCCUCCAGAUGCACCGCACAUUUGUAUUAAGGCAUAGCUGUUAGUCCCGAUUUGAGAAGGUUUGGGUGACCAAGGUAAGAAAGAUCCCUUUUCCCCUCCCCCUCCCUUUUCUUGCCCCACUCCCAGCCCUCUCAUCAGAUCUUUCUGCCUGCCUCUCAGCUUGCUUCAGAAAAUUAAAAAAAUCACACUAGUAAUCAAAACAUACAUAACCUUGGAACAGAAGGAAGUACUGUGGACCAGAAAAAUCCAAGAAUUGUUCAAAAAAAAAAAAAAGUGCUACCCUGGAAAAUACCCCUAAUACCGUUGAAAUCGUUAGAGCAACUUUAAGGCUUGUAAAUACAUAGAACAAAUAUUUAAAAACAUAAAAAAGGAAUUGACUCAAUACUAUUUCUUUUCACUUUCAAAAUAUAAGGAACAAAAUAAAGACAAGCAUUGCAAGUUUAAAAUAAAGACUUCUCCUUUUAACAGCCA